AUGGAAAUUGAGGCAUUGGAAACGCGUAAAGAAAAAUUAGAUGAAUAUUAUCAAUCAGUUCAAAAAACUCAAAACGAAAUUGAGGAUAUUAUCGAUGAGUCAGAGUUUGAGGAGGACUCAAAUCUUGUAAGAGAACAAUUUGAUGAACUAUUUUACGAAUGUUCUGAUUUAAUUAGUAAAAGGCUUCGCGAUCUUCGACUUAACCAAGCAUCAACAAAUACUGCUACUAGUGUGCCUGAAUCGUCUCCAGAGUUACCAGAAAUUAACAAAGAUUCAUCUCUUGGCUUAAGAACAUUAAAGGAGAACGCAUUAAUGCAUGUUAACGCACUAAAGGCGUUGCAGUUACCGGUUGAUAGUUGGGAUGCAUUGUUAGUGUACAUUCUUACGCAAAAAUUAGACAAGUUAACUCGUAGAGCUUGGGAACGUAGCUUGGAGAAUGAUCAAAUGCCAACAUUCGUUGAUCUCAUUAGCUUUUUGGGAAAGCAAGAGCGGGGAGAUGACAUAGAAGAGCUUAGUGUUGCGAAAAAUAAGUUAGGUAAUCAUCCUAAUGUUGAUAGACAUACACAUCGUAAUGAGAAACCAUUCAAGGCUCGUGUACAAACAUACGUCGGUACACAGCAGCUGUUAGAAUGUUCAAUUUGUCGGGGAGAUCAUCACAUUUUCACUUGUACCAAAUUCUUAAAGUUGAAUACACGCGAUAGAUUGUCUUCUGCUAAAGAGAAGCGAUUAUGCAUUAAUUGUUUAUGGAGCAAUCACAUGACUAGUAAUUGCACGACGUCCGGGUGCAAAAAAUGCAAGCGAAAACAUAAUACACUUUUGCAUUUCGACAAUUAUCAUUCACCAAGCAACGAUGAUAAAGGCAAUGAAACAAAGUCACUUCCUGAUAAUUCUAGUGAAGAAGUACAGAAGGGCUAUGCAGUCACGUAUGAUUCGGAAGUAUUGUUAGGGACGGCUCGAGUAAAAAUACUAGAUAGCAACAAUCGAGAACGAGAGUGUAGAAUAUUGUUAGACGGAUGCUCACAGUGCAAUUUCAUUUCGACUCAGUUAGCAGAAAAUUUGAAGUUAGAAAAGGAUGACAUUGAUUUACCAUUCGCAGGGUUAGGUCAACUUACCACGCGCGCUAAGUAUCGAGUUAAAACUAAAAUCAGAUCGAAAACAAACAACUUUGAAGCUGAAGUAGAAUUUGUAGCAUUACCAACAAUAACAAGCGUGUUACCGUCGCGACAAAUUAAUCGACGAGCUAUUGCGAUUCCGAGAAACAUUAGACUAGCAGACCCUGAAUUUGACAAACCCGCAGAAAUUGACGCGUUGAUAGGAACGACGUUAUUCUAUAAAUUAAUGAGCAAUGGACAAAUUCGAUUAGAAGACAAUUCAAAAUUGACACUGCAGAAAACAUUAUUAGGCUGGAUAGUUGUAGGUGAAAGCGAAAAGAUUAGUCAUAACGUAACCCCCAAGGCGUGUCACUUAAUCACUUCAUUAGAGAAUCAGUUAACUCGGUUCUGGGAGGUAGAAGAGGUACCAUAUAAAAGGCAUCAGUCGGCAGAGGAGUUAGAAUGUGAGCGACUAUUCGCGGAAACCACUACGCGCGAUUUCGAGGGAAGAUACACGGUACAACUACCAUUCAAUGAACGGAAGAAUUCCCUCGGUGAAUCAUAUAACAUGGCAUUGCGUCGAUUCCACACCUUAGAGAAGAAAUUAGCUAAAGAUGACAAAUUGAAACAGCAAUAUUCAGAAUAUUUGAGAGAGUAUUGUAAUCUCGGGCAUAUGUGCGAAAUUACUCAGCAGGAUAAUACACACGAAGGUUAUUACAUACCCCAUCACGCGGUAGUCAAGGCUGAAAGUUUAUCUACAAAAGUUCGCGUAGUUUUUGAUGCAUCUGCUAGAAGCACUAACAAUUUGUCAUUGAAUGAUACGUUAAGAGUUGGACCUACCAUCCAAGACGAAUUAAUAUUCAUUAUCAUGAGAUUCAGGUUACAUAACGUAGUGCUUGCAGCUGAUAUACAAAAAAUGUAUCGUCAAAUUAGAGUUCGCGAUUCAGAUGCAAUUUAUCAAAAAAUCUUGUGGCGAUGGAAUGAUGACGAAGCUCUUCGUGUAUUCAGAUUAAAUACCGUUACGCAAGGAACAGCACCCGCUCCCUUUCUCGCAGCUAGAACAUUACAUCAGCUAGCAAAUGAUCAUGGUAAUGAAUAUCCUCAAGCCGCCGCGAUAUUAAAAAAUGAUUUUUACGUCGACGACUUGCUCUCGGGUGCAGCCACAAUUCAAGAAGCUUUAAAAUUAAAAAAUCAACUAAUCGAACUUUUAAACCUUGGUGGGUUUCAACUUCACAAAUGGGCAUCAAAUAAAGUUGAGUUAACUGGUCAAUCAAUUGAUAAUAUGAACGAAUCGUUAACUAUUUGUUUAAAUACGCAAACUAGAAAGUUAUUAGGGGUUCAUUGGAAUCCCAUUGAAGACGCGUUAAUUUAUUCUAUCAAUCCAUUGUCGAAUAAUAAGUGUGUCACAAAACGCAAUAUAUUGUCACAGAUUGCAUAG